AUGGAAACUUAUUCUGCCUCAAUAUCACCUGUUAUAUGUAACAGCACAAGUUUCAACUUAAAUGGAUCACAUUUGUGUAAUGAAAGCCUAUCUUCUAGAUUAGCUGAUAAAUCAGAACACCAACAAUAUGUUAUUGGGCUUUUCUUAUCAUGUCUUUACACAAUAUUUCUCUUUCCUAUUGGCUUUGUGGGAAACAUCCUGAUCCUGGUAGUCAACAUAAGCUUUCGUGAAAAAAUGACCAUUCCAGACCUUUACUUCAUAAAUCUUGCAGUAGCUGAUCUCAUUUUAGUUGCUGAUUCUCUUAUUGAGGUUUUUAAUCUUGAUGAAAAGUAUUACGAUAUCACUAUUAUUUGUACCUUUAUGUCUUUGUUCCUUCAGAUCAACAUGUAUAGCAGCAUUUUCUUUCUGACAUGGAUGAGUUUUGACAGAUACAUGGCACUGACAAAAGUAAUGAGGUCCAACAUAUUUCGCACUAUGCAACACGCUAGAUUAAGCUGUGGGCUCAUAUGGAUGGCAUCUAUUUCUGCAGCACUAGUCCCAUUUACAGCUGUGCAUUUACAACACACCGGAGAGGUCUAUUUUUGUUUUGCAGAUGUAAAAGAAAUCCAGUGGCUAGAAAUAACCCUGGGGUUUAUUAUCCCCUUUGUGAUCAUUGGGCUUUGUUACUCGUUAAUUGUUCGAGUUCUUAUAAGAGCACAUAAGCACAGAAGUCUCCGACUGCGGCGCCAAAAGGCUCUUCGAAUGAUUUUUGUUGUUGUCUUGGUCUUCUUUAUCUGCUGGCUGCCUGAAAAUGUCUUCAUUAGUGUUCAACUUCUUCAAAAGAAGAGCGAGCCAGUCUCUUCAAGCAGCCCAUCCUUCAGACAUGACUAUCCUUUAACAGGACAUAUCGUGAAUCUGGCAGCUUUUUCGAACAGCUGUUUGAACCCCUUAAUUUACAGUUUUCUAGGGGAAACCUUCAGAGACAAACUGCGACUGUACAUUGAGCAGAAAACAAAAAUGUCAACAUUACAUCGCUUCUGUCAGGCUGCCUUAACAUCUGUCAUUCCUGACAGCAAUGAGCAAUCAGAGGUCUGAUUUAGUAGUGGUUGUAUGAAACACAUGACUGUGAAGUUGUGCAAAAAGUGAACAAAACGCUUGCUACUAAGAGAAAAAAGUGUCUGUGUGUGUGUGUAUAUAUAUUCUCGCUCUACUGAGCAUUGCAGGUUUAUAUUAAAAAUGUUUUUAUGACAAGACUUUAAUGUAGAAGAAUAUGUUCUAGUCAGAUUUAUAUUUAAUUAAGAACAGGAUUAUUAAAAGCCGAGCACUGAAGGAGCUUUAUU